ACCAUGGGUAUUUUAAGGUGCAUCGUUCAGAACCUGUGUUUAAAAGAUUCAUCGUUCAGAAUCUUUUAAACACAAACAAACUCCAGAUGAUCAGAAAACUGUUGGCUUUCUAUUUGCACUGGAUUUCUUUGGAAAAAGAACAAUUACAUUGAGGAAAAAGACUUCAACAAGGACUUCUCAUCGCACCCGAGCAUCUACCUGACAGCUACUGUCACCAAAGAGGAUUUUUACUUGGAAAAAAUGCAGCAGGACACCUGGACAGCGCUUCUUGUUCCUGUCCCCAGCCGCUCCAUCAUCCCUCAGGUGGUCCUCCACAGGGUCCCGGCGGCAGCCUCCCAGAGCACUCCACCUCUCACCUCUCUCUCCCCUCCUGCCUCCUCCUCUGGCUCUUCUCCCUUUUCUCUCUCCUUACCAGGCUGCUCAUUCUGGCCUGUUGAGGCAUCAGGACCUCCUCCCCAGAAGAUCCCAAGGAGGGACCCCCAGCCGCCCCCUGAGCCUGUGGAAGCGCGCUCAACAGCUCGUGGCCAGAUCACGAUGCAGCAGGACACCUGGACAGCGCUUCUUGUUCCUGUCCGCAGCCGCUCCAUCAUCCCUCAGGUGGUCCUCCAUAAGGUCCCGGCGGCAGCACCCUCCUGCAGCGCUCCACCUCUCACCUCUCUCUCCCCUCCUGCCUCCUCCUCUGGCUCCUCUCCCUUUUCUCUCUCCUUACCAGGCUGCUCAUUCUGGCCUGUUGAGGCAUCAGGACCUCCUCCCCAGAAGAUCCCAAGGAGGGACCCCCAGCCGCCCCCUGAGCCUGUGGAAGCGCGCUCAACAGCUCGUGGCCAGAUCACGAUGCAGCAGGACACCUGGACAGCGCUUCUUGUUCCUGUCCGCAGCCGCUCCAUCAUCCCUCAGGUGGUCCUCCAUAAGGUCCCGGCGGCAGCACCCUCCUGCAGCGCUCCACCUCUCACCUCUCUCUCCCCUCCUGCCUCCUCCUCUGGCUCCUCUCCCUUUUCUCUCUCCUCUCCUAGCUCCUCAUCCUCUGCUCUCUCUUCAUUCUGGACUUGUGUUGAGGUAUCAGACCAUCCUCUUAAGCUCAUCCUGAGGAGGGACCCUCAGCCGCCCCCUGAGCCUACGGAAGCACCCCCAGCAGAUGCCUCUGCUUCCCCCUCUGGCUCUUCUCUCUCUUCUCUCCCCUCGCCUUUUCUCCUCCCUCUCCUCUCUCCUCUCUCCUCCUCCUCUUCUAGCUCCUCGUCUCCAGACCAACCUGAGCCACCCAUCAGCUGUAUUUCCUUCUCUCUGUGCUCUGAUUUUUUGCGCUCCUGGUCUAGGUGCUUGUCUCCAGACAAACCUGAGCCGCCCCCUGAGCCUGCGGAAGCACCCCCAGCAGAUGCCUCUACCUCCCUCUCUGGCUCUUCUCUCUCUUCUCUCCCCUCGCCUUUUCUCCGCCCUUUCCUCUCUCCUGUCUCCUCCUCCUCUAGCACCUCGUCUCCACACCAACCUGAGCCACCCAUCAGCUGUAUCUCAUUCUCUCUGUGCUCUGAUUUUUUGUGCUCUUGGUCUAGGUGCUCGUCUCCGGACAAGCCCAAGUUGGCCCCUGAGCCUUCCAAGGUGCGCCCCCCUGGACCACCUAAGCCACCCAGUCAGCGUUUUGAGGUGCGCCCCCCUGGACCACCUGAGCCAACCAGUCCACCUGGGUUGUUCGGGAACCAGCCUGAACCGCAGUGGGUGAGGGAUGUCCGGUCCUCAAUGGAGAGGAGGGAGCCAUAUGACUCCAUGGGGUGCAAGAGGACCAUUGAGGCUGAAGGUAAGUCUCCAGGUAAGUCAGAGGGGUUACGUCGUUAUUAUUAUACAUUUUAA